GGGCGCUGUCGUGUGGUCACGUGCGAGCACUGCUGACUGGUUCCCGCGCGAAUGGGGUGUGUAGCGGGGCCGACCUUUGGGUCUCCGAUUCCUUCUUCCGUGGAGCUGCCGAGCGCCUGCCCUCUUCUGCCUCUCCAAGUGCCGUGUCUCGGCAUGUUUGCUGGGCGUGGGCAGCGCCUGCCUCAUUUUUUUGUGCAAGAUCCAUGCAGCCGCAGCGUCACCAUCAUCGUUGCGCGCCUUGAUUGUGAGCGUUGUGCGCGCUGGGCCAGCCUCUUAGUAACCUACUCCUUCUGCCCCUUCGUUUUGACGUCGUGGUUCCUUCUCCUCCUCCUCCAUCUCAAGACUCCCCCCCCCAAAGUAUCUCGUUUGUGUUUGGAAAAGGCUUUCGUUUAAUUGAAUGGAGGCCUUGCAUAAUCAUUCUGUUUAUGGUCCAAUUUUUUUAUUAUUUCAUUGCUUCUGGUGAAUCCUCGCAGAUAAUGGAGUGUCUUGUGUCCACUAAGAGGGCUGAGAAUGCUUCUUCUCAACAAGAGGAAAGUGAAGAUGAUGUUGAGUUUGUUGGUGAAGUUGCAUUGAGACCAGUCUUGGACUGCAUUGAUGUUAGCAGCGAUGAGGAAGACUGUAGCAGCUCUUCUAAUAAAAAUGUAAAGCACAAAGACUACAUUGAUUAUCAGAAGGAAAAGGUUGCUUCCACCCUAGAUCGCUUGGCACGCCAUGUAGAGGUAGAGAAAGAACUGAAAGAAGAGAAAAAUAAAGCUUUCAAGGAAAAACUGGAUUCCCAACAUGCUCAUGGACUGCAAGAGCUGGAAUUUAUCCAGGGACAUAGCGAUACAGAAGCUGCAAGACUGUGUGUGAACCAGUGGCUAAAAAUGCCAGGACUCAAGCCAGGAACUGUAAACUCUGGAAGAAGAGCAUUACCUCGGAGAUCAGACCAAACCCCAUCUGAUAGUAAAUCCAUUUUAUGCCCGAUAAUGCAUUGCAACAGAAAGUUUGACAAUGCACAUCUUCUCCUAGGCCACCUUAAGAGGUUUGAUCAUUCUCCUUGCGAUCCAUCAAUUACUCUACAUGGACCUCCAGCUAAUGCGUUUGCCUGCAUAGUCUGUAACAGAAGAUUUUCCACCUCUCAGCAGUAUACUGACCAUCUUACAUCUAAGGCAGGUGAAGAUGAUGGCCAUGAAAAAAAUUACCCCCCUCAGCAUAUUCAGUGCUUUGCGUGUCCAUACUGCUUCCUCCUUUUUAGCAUAAGAGAUGAGUGUCUGCAGCAUAUGUCUGGAAAGAAUCAUUUCACCCAGGCUUUCAAACUGAGUGAUAAGAAUGCGAACCCACUUCCUUUGCCUUUCCCAACCUAUGCAAAGAAUCUUCUCAUCUCCUUGUGCAAAGAGGUUCCAUUCCAAGUGAAGUGCACAUCCUGCCAUCAAGUGUUGCGUUCCCAUGUGGAGCUAACUGCACACUUCAGAACUUGUUGUCGUAAUGCUGGUCCAGUAGCUCUGUCAAAGAAGCGUAUCUCCCAAGUUGCUGAAGUAUUUAAAGCCAAAGGUUUCUGUCAUAGCUGUAGCAACCUAUUUACCGGUGACACCCAUAUUCAUCAGCAUAUUUCCAAAACCCUACACAAAGUUAAAGUUUUCACCACAAUGGAAGAAUCCAUCUUGACAAUUUGUCAUAUCAACGAAGGGAAUAAAAGUGCCCCUCAUCUACAGAAGAACAGAAGCUUUUUAAAAUAUUCUCCUCUGAAGAGACCAUUGGACUCAAUUGAAUCUGUUGGUGAUGAGAGAGAAACGGUUUCAAAACGAAAAAAGGAUUUAGAAGGCAAAAACCAAGAGGUUAGCAGUGCUCAUACUGCCAAAACCUGGGUGUGUCAGUGCCAUUUGUCAUUUCCUUCCGAAGAGCUGGUAGAACAUCAUAUUUUUUCUGAAAACAGAAUCUGCCACAAAUGUGGUGUGUGUGGGAAGCUUGUGGAAAAUGCAAGCAUCAUCCGUUUGCACAUGAGCCGGUUCCAUGGAGGAGCACACUUGACUAACUACUACUUCUGGUGUCAGGCCUGCAGUGUAGCUCUUCAGAAAGGGGAGGAUGUUAUGACCCAUGUGACAGAAUUUCAUGGUGGACACAGCUAUUAUUACGAGGAGGAGACUGCUGAAGACAUCCCUGCAGAGCCUUCUGGUACACUAUGUGAUAAUUCAUUUGAAUCGAAAGAUCUAUCUCCUAGCCCUAUGGAGCAGUCUCCACCUCUGAGCCCAAUGGAUGUGUCCGAGUCAACAUCUCAUGAGUGGCAGUGCCGCAUGUGUGAGGAAAUAUUUGACUCGGAAGAUAGCGUAAAGCAGCAUUGCGUAUCAUUAGAGAGCCAUCAUUUUCACAGGUACAGCUGUGACUUGUGCAAAAUGACAUUUCGGAAAACUGAAACGUUACAUCGACACUGUCAAGAUAGGCAUAACAACAUUGUACAAAUUAAAUAUUUCUGUGGUUUUUGUGGUGACCUUUUUUUUGAUGUGGAGGAGGAGCUUUUGCUCCACUUCAAAGGAUUUCAUAGCACGGAUUACAUUUGUGUUUCUGAGGAAGCGGGAACAUCGAUAAAAAAUACUGAAAUAGUAGAAGAGAGCAGCCUUCUGAAUUGUGGCUGUCGGGAAAAAUAUGUCUGCAAAGAAAACUGGAAGGCAGAUUACAAGAGAUGUCAAGAAGCCAUGCUGGAAAAAGGCAAUCUGUGGUUUCGCUGCACCUUGUGUUCUUCAACAGCACAAAGCUUUUCGGACAUGAUGGCUCAUCUCAUGAGCCACCCAGACAAAAAAGCUGACCAAGAAUUGUAUGUAGUGAGGUGUGGAGCGUGCAACAAAAACUUCAGCGAUAUUGUAGUUGCCCAUCGGCACUUCCAUGGCAAACAUUGCUUCUCACAAAAGCCCAAACUUCCCCCAACUCAAGCAGAAAGUGAGGUCUUUCAGUUCUCUGCCAGUGGGUUGUGUGUGGACAAGAAGCCUGAUAAACUGAAGCUUUCAGUAGAUAUGGCUACAGCAAGUUCUUCAGAAAAAAGGAUUUUGAGGCUGGAAGAGAUACACAAAGAACAGAUUAAAAAACCACAUUCUGAAGUGCUUGGUCAAGAUGAUGGAGAUCUACCUGACCUUGAUUAUUUGUGCACCAUGACUCAUAUUAUUAUGAUGGAUUUGGAUAACUGGGGAAGCCUUUUCCAUCAGUUGCCUGCUACCCUUAACCAAGGAACUUUUAUCUGGGGUUUUCAAGGUGGGCACAACAACUGGAAGCCGCCUGUGAACUGUAAAAUUUUUAACUACCUUAACAAGAUUGGGUGUUUUUUCCUCCAUCCACGCUGUGGUACAAGGAGAGAAGCUGCUGACUUUGCAAUCUGUGUGCAUGUGGGCCGUCUGGAUGAACAUCUGCCAAAGCAUAUUCCUUUCACCAUUCUUUCAGGGGACAAAAGCUUUCUAGAGCUUGAGGAUCAGCUUAAGAUGACUCAACGGGUAACCCGUAUUCUAGAUCCUCACAAGAUUGAUGCUGAUAUGAUGUGUGCCUUAUUAAACAGCAUUUCAGAUACAGCCAAAGAAAGUGAAGAGGGAGAUACUCGGAUGGCAAUGCAACAGUUUUUGCAAGAAACAAAGAAACAAAAGGAUGCAGAGGAAGAUGCAACAUUUCAGGAGGCCAUCAGGCGAAGCCUAGAGGAAAUGUGAAGAUGGCUUGAUACUAUUGCACUAAAACAUCUAAACUGCUCCCAAGUAAUUGAAAUUUGUUCAUCAUAUUACAAAGAUUAAAAAAAAGUACUGGUUAACAUUUCAGAGUCUCAAUGCACUUAAAGAGCUGAGCUCUAUCGACAGACCACAAUCUAGCACACCUAGGCAUCGUAUGUUGCAGUGGAACUUGAGCACACUUAACUACACACUGGAUUUCAGUCAUCCCCCUUCAUUGCUGGAGUAGUAUAUAGCAUACGGAAGCUCAAAAACAUAAGAAGCUCAAAAACAUGACAGUUCCACUGAGCCACAGGAUGGUUUAAGCUUUAGUUUCUUCUACUGUCUGGUCUUGUAAACUAAGCUUGCCUUUAUGGUUUUUUUUUUCUCUUUCCUUUUUUCAUUUUUUGAUUUUAAUGUUGCUGUCUUGCUGUACAUGUAUUUCUAUCACAAGGAUUGCAAUAGAUACAAGUAUUGAAUCCUCAUUUUCUUGGACCACCGUAUCUUAAGGAAAAGCUUAAGUAAUAAUCCUGCCAUUUACAGUGUACAGGCAAACUUGUGAGUGGCUUUCACUGUGACUUGUGAACUGAAACUGAAAGUCUCAGACCUAGUUAUUUUCUGUCACUUGUAUUUUUGCUCGCAUGUACUUUUUAAACUUUGAGAAUGAAUGCAGUACUAAACUGAUUGGCCUGGGUGUAUAUAUUGUUUCCUGUCUUAUUAAUACUGCAGCAAAGUAUUUUUCUCCCUCUUGUCAUGAUCUUGAACGUUAGUUCAAAAAGGCAAAGCCUUUCUACGUUCCUAGAUGAUUGUGGCUAUUUCUUGGAACAUAAUUCCAUAUUUGAGCAUAAUUAAAAUAUUGACUAUUUGUGUAUUAUGUCCUCAUUUCAGCCAAAUGCUUCUUGAAUGUUUUCACCCAUCAUUUCCUCAGCCAUAUUCGUAUAAAUUCCACUUGACUCACUAGGUAGGUUCUGUAUACAUUAAAGAGUUGAAUGCAAAAGGUGCUAAUUUUAAAUGACCAUUUUUAGUGGAAGCCUUCUGAAGUGCUUUGGAGUGACCAUCUAACUUUGUAUUACAGCUGCUGAGUCUUUCUGUUGUUGGC